CCCACCAUGGCCGCCACCAGCGGGAGCGAUCAUUACAGCCACUCCAAACCGCCGCUCAGCUUCCUUUUUGCAGGGAAGAAAAUGCCUUUGAAAUUAUUCUGGGCUUUCGCUCUUCUUAUUUUUACUGUCAGCCGGUGUUUUGGCGACGAUGAUCACGAAAUGGAGGAGUUCCUGAAGCGGGAGUUUUCUCUUUCCAAGCCUUACCAAGGUGUGGGAUCCUCAGGCUCCUCCCACUGGGAGCUGAUGGGGGAUGCCAUGGUAACCACCGAGCAGGUGCGCCUCACACCUGACAUGCAGAGCAGGCAGGGGGCGGUAUGGAGCCGCAUACCGUGUCAUCUUAAAGACUGGGAGAUGCAGGUGCACUUCAAGAUCCACGGUCAAGGAAAGAAGAACCUGAAUGGUGACGGGAUGGCCAUUUGGUAUACUAAGGAGCGUGUACAGAAAGGUCCUGUAUUUGGAAAUAUGGACAACUUCACUGGCUUGGGUGUUUUUGUGGACACGUAUCCCAACGAGGAGAAGCACAUAGAGGCGCAGAAGAAGAGAUACACUCCUCGCACACAGAGGAUCUUCCCCUUCGUUUUGGCCAUGGUGGGAAACGGCAGCAUCAGCUACGACCACGAGCGGGACGGUUGGCCCACUGAGCUGGGCGGCUGCAACGCCAUGGUGCGCAACCUCAAACACGACACCUUUCUCUUCAUCCGAUACAUCCGCCGCAGGCUCACGGUGAUGAUAGAUAUCGAUGGGCAGCAUGAGUGGAGGGACUGCCUGGAUAUUCCCGGGGUGCGGCUGCCGCAAGGUUAUUAUUUUGGAGCUACUGCAAUCACUGGAGAUCUCUCAGAUAACCAUGAUAUAAUUUCACUGAAACUCUACCAACUGACGGUGUUGCGGAGUAAAAAGGAAGAAGAGGAGGAGGAAGAUGAAAUAACUAUACCCAGUGUAGACAACAUGGAGCUACUCAGAUUGGGUCAGGUUGAAGAGGGGAUGAGUGCAAUUGCCAUUUUCUUCACCGUGCUCUUCUUCAUGCUGGGCUGCAUGUUCCUCAUCAUCAUCGGCCUGGUGGUCUACAGCCACUGGAACGAGAGCCGACGCAAACGCUUCUACUGAGGAGAGUAAGAAAAGGAGGCGGUGAUUGUGAAAACCACUGCGGUCCGUGGACCCAACUGCACUGAGACGGAAGUGAGACGCUGCCGGUGGAUCUGCUGCUUCGACGCUGAACUGACGGGAGACGGAUUAGAUGAAUCCUCUGCUACAAAAAGCCGUCCUUCAGCAAGCCAUCGGUAGACAUGAACCAUCAGGAGGACUUUGUUUGUACCCUUUGUGCUCAACUCCUGCCUGGCACACACCAUCUGGGCCUUACCAUCUCCACCUGUGUACCUGUUGCACAGCAGCAUCUUCCACAACUUCUUAUGAGCAGCUCCAUUAUAUUUUUGUUACCGUUUGCUACAUCUGACAGAUAUAAAACUUUACUUUGUUUUCACAUGGUCAGUGCACUGAUAUUGAUUUUAUGGCUUUGAAAAGUUUUAAUAUAUAACUGUCUGAUGUGUUUCUGCUUGUGAUUCAUUGACCGCCUGCAGUACAAAGCGCUAACCAAAUACUUAUAAAAACCACUGAUCCAUCUUGCCAACUGUAAGCUGCAUAUUCACUCAUCUUUGCAAUCUCUCAGAAACCGGCUCAAUCAUUUUGACUCUGUGGAUACGAUAUGAUGGACUGUAAAUUCUUAUUCUGUAGUUGCUGUAGUAUGCAUGACAUUCGCUAGAGUACUUUUUUACAGCUACAGCUGUUCUUUGUUUACAUCAUAAGUGACCAUUUUAUGCAGUGAUGUGAACUGACUUCUUCCUCAAUGAUGCAUGUGCUGAUGGCAAAAACUGUGGGUGUUUCAGGGAAAUAUUUAAUUUCAAUUAUUCUAGAAUUUAAUUUAUAUUUGAUCACUGUUCCUUCCUCUGAGUGUUUGUGCACAUUUGAUAAAACAAUUACAAAUUUCCUGAUUGGUUCAGAGCAAAUCCCUCUGAAUAUAUUAAUAACAGGUACAUUUGUGAAUCUUUACACUAAAGGGAGACCUGAGAGCGAUUAAAGUCAUUUAUAAUCUGUA